CCCUUCAACCAAACCCUUAGACUGGGGGCUCCGCUCCGGCCCCGUCACGUGACAGGCCGAAGUUGGCCCGUGCCGUGAGGGGAGCGCUCGGCGCGGAAGCGGGACUCGGACCCACGGCAGGGGGAAAACGGCGACUAGAGCGCGAUCCCCAAUAUGGCCUCAUCAUCACCACCUAAAUAUAAUUCAAACUCCUUGGAGAGCUCGUCAAUUAAAAGGACCCCAAAAGAUGGAACUAAAUGGGAACAAAAUGAGGAAAUACCUCAUCUACCAGGAGAAACUAGCGUCACAGACAAGGAAGUUAUCUACGUAUGUCCAUUUAAUGGUGCUGUUAAAGGAAGACUGUAUGUUACAAACUACAGACUAUACUUAAGAAGUGUGGAACUAGAUCCAGUUGUGAUAUUGGAUGUUCCUCUGGGUGUAAUUGCAAGGAUUGAGAAAAUGGGAGGAGCUUCAAGUAGAGGAGAAAAUUCCUAUGGACUAGAUAUUACUUGUAAAGAUAUGAGAAAUCUACGGUUUGCACUGAAACAAGAAGGUCACAGCAGAAGAGAUAUAUUUGAAAUCCUUACAAAACAUGCUUUUCCCCAGUCACAUAAUUUGCCUUUUUUUGCAUUUGUAAAUGAAGAAAAGUUUGCUGAAAAUGGUUGGAUGGUUUAUAAUCCAAUGCCUGAAUACAGGAGACAAGGACUGCCCAAUGAACAGUGGAGAGUAACUUUUAUCAAUGAACAUUAUGGACUAUGUGAUACAUAUCCAUCACUUUUGGUAGUCCCAUAUAAUGCCACUGAUGAUGAUCUCAAGAAAGUUGCUGCUUUUAGGUCCCGAAAUAGAAUUCCAGUGCUGUCAUGGAUUCAUCCAGAGAACCAAGCUGUUGUUAUGCGCUCCAGUCAGCCUCUUGUUGGUAUGAGUGGGAAAAGAAAUAAAGAUGACGAAAGGUAUCUUGAUAUUAUCAGGGAUGCUAAUGGACAGAUCUCAAAACUGACUAUCUAUGAUGCAAGACCCAGUGUAAAUGCAGUAGCUAACAAGGCCACUGGGGGAGGAUAUGAAGGCGAUGAUGCAUAUCCCAAUGCAGAACUCUUCUUCCUAGAUAUUCAUAAUAUUCAUGUCAUGAGGGAAUCUUUAAAAAAGUUGAAGGACAUUGUUUAUCCUAAUGUAGAAGAAUCUCACUGGCUAUCUAGUUUGGAGUCAACUCACUGGUUAGAACAUAUCAAGCUUGUCUUGACAGGAGCUAUCCAAGUGGCAGACAAGGUGUCUUCAGGGAAGAGCUCAGUGUUGGUACACUGUAGUGAUGGUUGGGACCGAACAGCACAAUUAACUUCUCUAGCCAUGUUGAUGUUAGACAGCUACUACAGAACAAUUGUGGGUUUUGAAGUUCUGGUACAAAAGGAGUGGAUAAGCUUUGGACACAAAUUUGCAUCGAGAAUAGGCCAUGGUGAUAAAAACCAUGCUGAUGCUGAUAGAUCACCUAUCUUUCUCCAGUUCGUUGAUUGUGUGUGGCAAAUGUCUAAGCAGUUUCCAACAGCUUUUGAAUUCAAUGAACAAUUCUUGAUUACAAUUCUGGACCAUUUGUAUAGCUGCCGAUUUGGUACUUUCUUGUACAACUGUGAAUCUGUUAGAGAAAAAGAGAAAGUGACUGGGAGAACAUUGUCAUUGUGGUCACUGAUAAAUAGUGAAAAAGCAAAGUACACCAAUCCUUUUUAUACUAAAGAACUGAAUCGAGCACUCUAUCCAGUAGCCAGUAUGCGUCACUUGGAACUUUGGGUCAAUUAUUACAUUAGAUGGAAUCCAAGGAUUCGGCAGCAACAGCCAAAUCCCGUGGAGCAGCGUUACAUGGAGCUCCUAGCAUUGCGUGAUGACUACAUGAGAAGACUUGAAGAACUACAGAUCACAAAUAAUUCUAAGAUUUCCAAUUCAUCAACCUCAUCAGCAUCUCCCUCACAAAUGAUGUCCCAUGUGCAAACUCAUUUUUGAAGGAAAAAAUGUUUGAUUCUUUAUCUGAACAUUGUAACCAUAAGUGGUGCUUAAUGUAGAUCUAUAGUACAAAAAGGAAUAUUUGAAUGCCUUAUAUUGGACCUCUUCCUAACAUGACUUUUUUUAGAUUGUCUCCAUAGUUGGAAGACUUGAAAGAGCAGUCUCUUCAGUUCAUUUGUGCCUUUCAGAAUCUGUGGACAGGAAACCUUAUCCAACAUAGGAAGCUUAUAUGGGAUGCUUUAGAAGUGUAUUUUGUAAAAGUUUGAUACAAUUAGAAAUAUGAUUUGAUUUUUUUCAUUAGUAUGCAUUAAUUUAUUGCAUCGUUAGGUCUUCGCAGGAUCAGGACAUAACCAUGUGCUCAAUCUUAUGCACUGUGAAUAGUGCCAUUGACUUCAGUGGGGCUUUUCACAAGUGUAUAAAUGUAAGGAUGUGCGUAAGUCUUUGUAGCCUUAGGGGCCUUAGACUUUUUGAGGCAAAAAUGAGAGUUGUAUUAUCUUCUUGAGCUUUCAAAAGCAAAGUGCUCAGAAAUAGAUUUUUUUCUAGUAAACUGAAAACUACUCCAAUUUUUGUUUAAAAUAAUUCCAAAUCUGAGGACUUUAGGUGACAAGAAACUUGUAAUUAACAAUUCAACUUGCUCAGUAUGUAUCCGAAAACAAGGUAACUGUAUAGAAAGGCUAACUUUUAUAUUGUAGAUGAAGAUUUUAGAAUAAAUGGAUGAGGAUUGUGGUGGCUUUGGGGAAAAUAAGUUGCAAACUCCUUUUUUUUUUUUUUUUUUUUUUUUUUUUUUUUUUUU